AUGGGAAUCCUAUCGACGUUAUUCGAGUUCUUGUCGAUCUCUGCUUCAGUUUUUGUUUUGGGAUUGUUGGCGGCCAUUGUUAUGGCCGCCUACAGAAGAAAGUAUUGUUACAGCUGUCAGGCUGAAUCAACUCCUGUUAUAGAGGAUCCGACAUUGAAGCCGGUUGUUUGUCCUCAUAUUCGUGAUCCUGCUGAAAAAUACAUAUCUUUGAUCAUUCCAGCAUACAACGAGGAGCAUAGACUUCCAGGGGCCCUUGACGAAACCUUGAAGUAUCUUAAAGAACGCGAGGUGAAAGAUAAGUCAUUUUCAUAUGAGGUGGUGAUUGUUGAUGAUGGAAGUGCUGAUGGUACAAAAGGAGUAGCUUUUAAUUUCGUGAAGAGAUACACUGUAGAAAAUGUCAGAUUGAUCCCUCUUGGACGGAACCACGGGAAGGGAGAAGCUAUUAGAAAAGGCAUGCUCCACUCACGUGGUGAACUAUUACUAAUGCUUGAUGCUGACGGGGCUACUAAAGUGAGUGACCUCGAGAAACUUGAAAACCAGAUUUGUGCAGUUGCUGUCAAGGAACGGAAGUUUAGUGACUCUUCAACUGAUGGUAUAAAUUUAAGGAUCUCAGAUGUCCCCAUUGCAGCUUUUGGAUCACGUGCACAUUUGGAGGAGAAGGCUCUCGCAACAAGGAAAUGGUAUCGAAAUUUCUUGAUGAAGGGAUUCCAUUUGGUAGUUCUGUUGGCCGCUGGUCCUGGAAUUCGGGACACUCAGUGUGGUUUUAAGAUGUUCACAAGAGCUGCUGCCCGGAAGCUCUUCACGAACGUCCGCUUGAAAAGGUAA